AUGGAGCCCUGCUUCCGGCUGCUCUCUGUUAGUUGGCUCACGGCGCUCUCCGCGGCCCAGUCCUUCGAUCUUCUCUGGGCGCGGGUCCAGGAGCUGUGCCCGCGCUGGCACGAUCCGCUGGAGCUCAAGGAGAUGAAGCUCCAGGCGCUCCUUUACUGCUUCAAGAUCUCCAAGGUGCUCCCAAAGAAUUUGCUGAUCGUGCUGGAGUCCCUUUCGGAGUUCAAGCACUGCCAGCGGCCCGUUGGUGCGCAUGCUGUGGUCUUCCGGUUUCUGCUGCGUGUGCUCAUUGACUUUCCCUCGGAGAUGGACCGCUUGGAGGUGCCGCAGGCGCUCUGCGACAUGCUGCGAUCUCAUCUCUUCCUGCUGCCAUCAGUCCUAGCUCUGAAGCAGCGGGUGAACUCGCAGGCGGUUCAGUACAAGCUGCUCCACUCCUUGGGGCACUUUGUCUCGCGGCUGGAGCCGCCCUCCAGGAUCCAGCGCUACUUUGGGCUCCUGGUCAUCCUUUCGGAGACGCAGUGGCUGGACCCCAGCUACGUGCUGACCGCGUUGCAUCGCCUGGUCUUUUGCCCCUCUUGCCUGACCUGGGAGGCGGGCAUGCGCGUGCUGAUUACCUGUCGCAGGAUCAUCCUCUCGCAUCCUCAGGCGGUGAUUUACCAGCCGAUGCUGCGGCUCCUUCAGCACUUGGCCACCUACCAGUCAGAUGUCGACUUGCGAGACAGGGCCCUGCUCUACAUGAGGCUGCUGUCGCACUCGGGACCGGCUGCCUUGGGCGCGUUGUUCAACCCGCACCCGGGCAACAUGCAGAGGAUGACGCAGAUGCUGUCUCCUGUUCUGCCGAGAACCGUUCGCCUGCUACAUGGGCCUGUGCCCUUCCUUCGUCUGGUGAAGAGUCCCCAGGAGCGCCGCAGGCUGGGCCUGAUGGAUCGCCAGACCGCCGUCUUCGUGCUGCCGGGCACGGAGGGUGCGUGCCUGGGCGAUUGGGAGAAGAGGUGGGGCGAUCCCGGAGCCGAUCACCAGUUCCCCAAGGAGUGGCUGCAGUGCGCCGAGCCCUCGGCGGACGGCCAAGGCUUCUCCUGGGUGCUGGGGGAGUAUCAGAAGCUCUUGCAGGCUUCUCCAAGCAGCAUCCGCCUGCCCUUCACCCUGCAGUACGAGCCUGCGGCUGACAUGGUCUCUGAGGACGGGUGGCUGGAGUGCCCCAAGCAGCUCUUCUCGCUGGAGUUGACCUUUUCCUCCAGCGAGCACUACCUCCCCAUCGAGCCCAUCCGCAUCCCGUUCAUCGCCUCCGAUGGCCUGGUGGAGGAUGAGGAUGAAGGGAUCGGCUUCCCCUGCCUGAACAAGCUUCUGCUCCAGCUGCGGCCGCUCAGCCCGGUGCCCACCUCCUUCGGCGUCAACAUAGCCUUCAACGACAGUCUCAGCCAGAUGUACCUGGGUCAGCUAGAGGCCUUUGAAGUGGCCUUCCAGGACCUCUUCCUACCGGUGCGGCUGCCUCCGGCCUUUUGGGCACCGCUCUUCGAGAGCCUUUGGGAGAGCCUCGCCGAGCCCUGCUGGUCCGUCAAGGUCUUGGAUCUGGAGCGUGAUGUGGUCAAGCAGCUGACCCAGACGCAGCUUGGGCCCUUCGUGGUUCCAUCAGAGGUGCAUGUCCCAGACGAGGACUUUGACUUUGAACAGGAGGAGUACUUUGAGCGGUGGAACGCUUUGCCCGACGGGGAAGUGGACCUGCCGGAGGAGGAGGAGGACGUGGUGGUCCAGGUGGACACCAUCUUUGCCAUCCUGUUCGUACCGCCUUGUUACCACCUGCUCAUGAGGUUCGCCAUCUCCUCUCACACGACGAUUGUGCGAAUUCUGACGGAUCGCUUCCAGCUCUUGUCCUACAUGGACUCCUUCUUCCUGUCCUGGAGCCUGGAGCUCAAUGUGGCGGACGUUGCGAAGCAAGCGAAGAAGCUGGCACAAGCAGACGAGGGCGUGAAGCUGCUGCAGCAGGGUGAGGUGCUUUUCCCCGGAAGAAAGCUGCUGGAGUUGAAGGACGGCUGCAAGCACCUGGAUCUUCAGGUGAUGUACUCCGCCGGAGAGCGGCGCCGGAUGUGUUCUUGGUGCCGGCAGAAAUCUACCUCGUCUGAUAGCAAUGUUUGUAGCAGGUCGGAGUUUGACGACUACUAUCAGAUUCCGCGCAUCAUGACCAAAUGUCCAAAGAGGAGCGCACACUGGGUAUGUCGAGAGCAUUUGGAUGAGGAGGGCCACAUUUGCCCCAGCUGCCAAGAAAGCGUAGACAUCGAAACCUGCAGCUGGACGAGCUGUGUGGCGCGGAGCAGUGCGUGCAUGGGGCCGGUAAGUUCUGAUGCAAUGGCCACGGAGGACUUUCUCGAGCACCUGCUCCCUAAGAAAACAGAACUCUUGGUUCGCAUUGCUGAGGUAGGCAACGGCAAGACGGCCAAGUCUGCCCUGAAAGAGUGCAUCGACGUGCUUGGCGCGGCCGCACUCACCUAUGAAUGUAAGGCGGAAGUGGGCGGCUUCCGGGCAGUGGUGAAACUGAGCAUGGCCGGCAAGGAGGGGCUCGAGUGGCGGGGACCACCAGAAGGCCGUAAGCAGGAGGCUGAGCAAGCGGUCGCGCUGCGGGCCCUGGACGAGAUGAAGCGCAUGCUUCUGGGGAGGGACGGACCUGCAGCUGGCCGUAUGCAGGAGGCUGAGAAUGCGUUCGCGCCGAGGGUCCUGGACGAGAUGAAGGGCAUGCUUCUGGGGGAAGAAGCGGCCAGUCUAAGAACACAUUCUCGUGCAGCUCCCAGCAUGACCCCGGAUGAACACUGCCAGACCCCGAUGCGGCAAGAGCAUGCAGGGGAUUGGCAAGCCUUUUGCGAACGGUUUGACCUUUCCUCGGACGUGACGGCCAUCUUCAAGGAGCAGAGACUGCGCACGCCCGGAGAACUGCUUGAGCUCUCGCGGGAGGACAUUGACAUCUUGUGCAAGGAACUGCCGGUGGGAGAUAGACCUCGAUUGCGGGAGGCAGUUCGGCGGUUGCGGCAGGCCAAGUACUCAGAGUGCAACUGA